AUGGCGUCCAUCAACCGAUCACUACUCAUCACUCUGAUCUCAAUCUACCUCGGCGCCACCAUCAUCGCCUUGAAAUUCCACGAUAUCCUCCCGAUAUACGGCCUACCAAAGGGGAUCCUCCCCAACGCCGUCCAAUCGUACUAUAUCAUCCCCACCGACGGUACCUUUUCCGUUCAGCUCACGCGUCCCUGCUUCGUUACAUUCGGCGUUCAGAUCGUCUUCUACAACAUGAACAUCAUAGGCAGAUUGAGUAAUGGAUCGGUCUCUGUCGUCUCUGGUAUUGAAGAAAAAGAAUCUUUGUCGUGGAUGAGUGUUUCGGGUAUGGAUAUGGAAUCGGGUUCUGAUAUGCUCGUGUUUAAUGUUACGGGUGGUUUGCGGAAGAAAUUCCCUGCUGCUUUGUUCAAGGAUGUGCCCGAUUGUGAUAGUGAAGCUUACACACAUGAAUCAGAAUCCCACUCUCAGUCGAUUUAA